AGAAUCAUAGGAGAUUAUAUGGUAAGGCUGUUUUUUUUUUUUUUUUAAUGGUUUGUUCACUUGAUGGAUGGACAUAUAUGGAUUGAGAGCGAUGGGCUUGAACAGGGAACUACGGCGACUUUCAUUGCCAGGUUGGGGAUUCCGGAGAAAUCACACGAGGACUACAGUUACCACCACCAACGAUCUGUUUCCCCUCCAUUCAGGCAAACAGAACCAUCUCGGCCAGUAGAUCUCAAAGGAGUGAGAGUCCUUGUCACGGAUGACAACUGCGUGAACCGAAUGGUGACGAGGGAGUUGCUUUCGAGAAUUGGCUGCACUGUGACCGUCGUUGGGUCGGGAAGAGAGUGCCUGGCGCUUAUGGGUCAACCGAACCAUGGCUUCCGUGUGCUCCUUCUGGAUGUUUGCAUGCCGGACAUGGAUGGCUACGAAGUAGCGACACGAAUCAAGGAGAGGUUCCCUCGCCAUAAAAGGCCUUUGAUGGUGGCUUUGACAGCAAAUACUGACAAUGGCACUAGGGAGAGAUGUCUUGAAGUAGGAAUGGAUGGAGUGUUAUCGAAGCCGAUGUCAGUUGACGAUAUGCGAUGCGUCCUCCAAAACCUCCUGGAAACAGGUUUGGUUCCUGAGAAUCAGGGAAGCCGUCAGCCGUAGAAGGGGAGGGUUGCCACCCUUCGCCAUGAAGGAUAGGCUGAUGUACAAUUUCAAUUUGUGGCCAAUGGAAGAAGCCUCACAAAU